AGGGUGGGAGAGGGCUGUCUAUAUAAACCCAGGGGUCCCCUACUUUGCCAGUCAAUUAGCUUCUGCUGCCCUUGCUGUGUGUAACAGACAGACACACAGAGAGAGAAAAAGAGGAGCUUGAACCUGACACAACCACCUGACACCACACCCUGACCUGAAGGAAGGAACCAGCAUUCUCUCACUCUGAAGGAUCUCUCUGCCCUGGUUUUCACAAUGCGUCUUGGCCUUGCUGCUCUCUGCCUCCUCUCCCUCCUGCCACUUGUGAGCGGACACAUCUGGGCCUGGAUGCUCUCGAUCCCCUACAGCCCCCCAGGAGAGGGGGCCCCUGUUCGGGAGGCACACCCCUCCUCCAGUACUGGCAAGUCUGCGGUGUUGUGUGAUCAGGACCGCAGCUGCGGGAGAGGGUUUUCGUGUGACCGGCACUUCGGGCUGUGUGUCCCGCUGAAACAGGCGGGUCAAUACUGCAGGAGGGACGCGCAGUGCGUCCGGGGCCUGAGCUGCAUGUUCGGCAAGUGCCAUCGCAGCGUACCAGAAGGCGAAGAAGGCGCGCGCUGUAAACUGGAUCGGGACUGCGGAGGCUCCAUGUGCUGCGCGCGGCACCACGGCGAGAUGAUCUGCAAGCGGCGUUUGGCGCUCAGCGAGAGCUGCUUCGUACCGGACGGCGGACUGGCUUUCAGCAUCAACCAGAUCUGCCCGUGUGAAGAGGGGCUGCUGUGCCGCAACAGCGCCGUGAUACCCAACAGAGAGAAAGAAUUUGUUUACCGACCGGAGUCUGACAGUUGGAAAUGUCAAAUUCCCUCAGCGAAAUAAAAGCCCCGCCUCCGACCGCGGUCACUCGGUGUUUAUUAUGUAAAUAACCUGUAAAUAUCUGUAUAAUAGUGCAAAAAAAAAGAGAUAUCCUAUGUUUAAACAUACGCCGUCUGGAAAGAGGCCUGUGUUUGUGCUGUCUGUAUAGAACGUUUAUGUGAAAAAUAAAAAUGUAUAUUGAUAAAAUA